CCUCGUGCGCUCAGUUGGUGGCGCCACCGCUCCCCAAGUGCGCAGCGCCAAUGCGGCCACAUCGCGCAUUUUGUCCCUGUUCCCAGGUCGUCCCUCCCCGGCUCGUAGCUCGAAGUUGUGUGCGGUGAACGUCGGUGGGUGAAAAUGGCAACGCAAAACGAGCCUCGCGUGCUGUUUUGCGGCUACAGACGAAUAUCAAACGUUCAGGAAUACUUCAAACGAAGUAGUUUGCUUCGCGGUGGCGACUUGUACGCCGCUAAUCACGUUUACUGCGUGAGAGAAGAACUCGACAGUGCCGUCGGUCCGUCGGAAAUCUUAGGAAAAUGCGUCGCACAAAUGAAGAGCGUGGAGUACGAAGUGCGUUUAGAGUUAUCAGCGCACGAAAGAAAAAUUGUGCAAGCUUAUUGCACCUGCAAGGCUGGAUGUCGAGGCUGGUGCAAGCACGGCGCGGCGCUGGCCCUGUAUGUCAACAACCACCAACACACGUCGUGUACUGACCUGCCGUGUGCUUGGCAGAAGCCAUCGACCCGCCCAACGCUUGACACAAAGAAGUCCAUCAGUGAACUAUUCCCGAGUCGUCCCAUCAUAAAGCCAAUCCUGAGGCCCCUCAGCCCGACAGUGGUGCACAGCCAGUUUCCCGACGUGAACUGCGCGUUCAGAUGGCACACAGAACGCCGUCUGCGGAUAACAAGCAGCAGUGCACACCGCAUCAAAACCAGGCUCAACAACUAUAAAACUCUGGCAAGUUCCCUUGUGAGGCCAAGGUUCUUCUCAUCUGCUGCAACUUCUUAUGGAAAACUAAUGGAAACUGAAGCCAGAGCAGAGCUGUCCACAGCACUUGGCGCUGUCAUCCAUGAAGUUGGCCUUUUCAUCCACCCGGAGCAACCCUGGCUAUGCUGCAGCCCAGAUGGCAUUCUGGAUUCAGAUGGCAGAAUGUGUCUGGUCGAGAUAAAGUGCCCAUUUUCUUUAAAGGAUAAGAAACUCAUCGACCAUGAACACGAAGAAAGCUUCGUGCCAUACAUACACUAUGUGAAUGGCCAACUUCGUCUGAAGAAGACGCAUCAGUAUUAUUCUCAGAUCAUGAUUAUGCUGUACAUUUUAGGUAUCGGAGAAGCGUUUCUUUAUAUUUAUUCAUCACAGCAAAGCAUCACUGUAUGUGUACAGCGCGAUGAAGCAUUCCUCGCAGAAUAUGUGCCCAAACUUGAGACCUUUUAUUUUAAACAUUUCUUAAGUGAGAUAGUUAAGCACACUUGAAAGCAUUCUCAUUUUUUUGCUUCUUUUAUGUACAAUGUGAUGCACCAGUGAUAUUGCUCUAGUGCUUUGAAAUGUUUCAGAACUUUGUGUGCCAGUAAAUGUAAAUGGUACUCUGUUGGUUUAUGGUGUUUAACGUCCCAAAGCGACUUGGGCUG